AUGGGUCAGGCCGCGUCCUCAGCGACGCCUUCGCCGCCCACGAGGCCUACCGAUGGCCACCAACCUCGUCGCGAGUCUCUCUGGCGCCGUUCACUACCCACGUCCUCGCUCCUGGCCCAAAGAGAGGUCCCCGCCAACAGCGACCAUGACAGCCGCCCACAUUCUUCGUCACGUCGACCGUCGACAAGGCCAGGGCCACGACCGCGUGCCGCUCGCUCGUCGUCCAUCCAUAGACUCUCACAGAUGCUCCGCUCUUCCAAUCAUAGCUCCGAUCAAGCCGAACCUGUACUCUCUAGCCCGCAGCGUCCUUCACGCCUACAUCGUGCUCGCACUUCGCUUCACAACUUCGGCUCUCGCCAUUCACCCUUCUCGCGCCCUGCUCAGAUGUCUCGCUCACGCACCGACGACUUUGGAUAUGCUUAUCCGCAUGUCGAACUCAACUUCGAUAACUUCGAGCUUAAUCUCGAUCUCGCUACUUCGGAUCCCGCUUCACACACUCCGUCCUCUCGUUCGAGUUUCCGUCUUCCGACCUCUCUUGCUGAUCGUAUCUCUGCCCUGCGUUCUGAACGGCCCACAAGAACCCCUCUCCUGACACCAAGGCUCCUCCCAUCUGAAUCGCCUGAUUCUGGACCCACUGUAGACUUCGACUCAUCACAAACUUGGUUGCCGGCUGCAUCGCGGGACUCUUCUUUGCUGGGCGCCCCCUCCACGAGACCGAGAAGCGAAGGUGAAGGCCUGACAAGAGGUGGAGAAGACAAUACCGCCUUGAUCUCCCGCAUACUAUCGGUAGCGGCUGCAACUACAGCUGCCACUCUGCUUGACGGCGACCAAGAGGCCAUCGCAGAGGCCCAUAGUGUGAGUGGUGAUGGCACCUUUAGCAACUUCCUACAAUCUCUAGAGAGUGGUCGUUUGGCAUCAGCUCUUCGCCAAGGUGGCCAGACAUCGGCCAACGCGCCGCUCAACUUCUUCCGUAUGUUUCGCUUCGGCACCGCUCCCGCCAGAGAUGGAUCUAGGGACGCCGACGCUUCACACUCUGCCCAGCCAACCGGUCCCGAUGGACGUAUGGUACCUGUAAUAAUAGUGGGUAUCCGCUCAGUAAAUCAGACCAGUGCAAGUGGCGCCCAAGAUGCUGCAAUGCCUCCAUUCCUUGACGCCUUGUCAACUCUGCCCAGGUCACCCUUCAAUGGCGAAAACGACAGCAUCGAUCAUAUUUUGGACCCUACGCCAACUCAUCGUUUCAGUCAUCGCCGGCGCGCUUCCAUGGGGGGUCUGUCCAACUUCCCUGCCGCAUACGAUGCCCAGCGUCAUACACCGACCCCCGAUCACAUCCACGCUCGCUCUACAGCCACCGCUCGCCCGCCACUGACUCCCACUCUUUCUCGCGUCAGUUCCGCCAACUCUGCUGCCCGUAUGCCCGAACGUCCUCCGUCUAGUCGCUCGAAUUCAAAUUACUCAGAUCGUCGUGAGAGCAUCAUCCGUACUACCACUACAACUACCACUCUCGAGACCACAGACGAAGACGUACCACUAAGACCACGUCCAAGCCGUCCACGUCGACUUAGCGAGUCUGAUUAUGGCCAUCGAGGUUACUCGUCGCGCCGUAACGGUUUCGUGGAGCCUGACACCGCACCUGGCGAAAGUACUCGUAGUUGGAUUAUUUAUGUUCUCGGUGGCAGUUAUCCAGAGAAUCAUCCGAUCAUCACAACACCAAGUCUUUAUACCGACUCGCCAACCUAUGAAGAUAUGAUGUUGUUAUCGGCUCUUCUGGGUCCUGCUAAACCCCCUGUGGCUAGCGAGCAAGAUGUUGCCGACGCUCCGGGUAUUUUUAGGAUUGAGAAUGUUCGGGGAUCUCUUGUUGCUGUUGCACUCGAAGGCGAGGACAGCAUCAACCUGACCUCCGAGCAGCGUUGUCUGGUAUGUCUCUGCGACUUCGAGCAAGACGAAGAAGCAAGACGUCUCGUAAAGUGUAACCAUCUGUUCCACAAAGAGUGUAUAGAUCAGUGGCUCACCAAAGGUCGAAACUCGUGUCCUCUGUGCAGAGGACAAGGCGUCGACGAGAAGGAAAAGCCAAUUGACGACACAGAUAUUGCACCUAACGCUGCAGUGACUCCAAUUCCCGAGGCUCCCGCCACCUUCUGA